AUGAGUAGAUCAAUAACGGAACAACGUUACGCAGUUGUAGUUCAUUACAUCACAUCAAAUACCUACCUUUCAACCUCUUUUGUAGUUCUAGAUUCAAUUUUCAACAAACUAUAUAGUGUAGAUAAUCAAGCAUAUUUAAUAAAAAUGAUGUUCAACCAUUUAAGAAAGAAUGUAGAAUCAAUAGAUAAUAAUAGUAUAGUUAUAACAGCCAAGUUAAUCUUUGGUACUGCUACAGCAUUGACUGGUGCUUCAUUGGCCACUGGUAGCAUGUUCUUGUCUGAUGACUUUGCUCAACCACCAGAAUUCCCAUGGAACCAUCGUUUCCCAUGGCAAUCAUUCGAUCACGCUUCAAUUCGUCGUGGACAUCAAGUAUAUACUCAAGUAUGUUCAACCUGUCACAGUCUCGAUAUGAUCUCCUACCGUCAUUUGAUCGACGUUGCAUACACUGCCGAUGAAAUGAAGGCAUACACCGCCGAAUUGACCGUUAUGGACGGACCAGAUUCAGAGGGAGAUAUGUUUGAACGUAAAGGAGCAAUCACCGAUUAUCAUCCAAAACCCUAUGAAAAUCAAAAUGCUGCACGUUUCUCAAAUAAUGGUGCUUUGCCACCCGAUAUGUCGUUGGUCGUCAAGGCACGUGGACGUCACGAAGACUAUGUGUUCUCGUUGUUGACCACCUACGUCGAGCCACCCAGCGGUGUCAAGAUCACCCAGGGACAAUAUUUCAACCCAUACUUCCCUGGCACCAAGAUUGCUAUGGCCCCACCAUUAUCCGAGGGUCAAGUCGAAUUCGACGACGGCACCGAAGCAUCGGUCUCGCAGAUGGCCAAGGACGUUUCCACUUUCCUCGCCUGGGCAUCGGAGCCAGAGCACGACGACAGAAAGAAAUUAGGUAUUAAAAUUAUUCUCGGUCUCUCAUUGAUCGCCGUUCCAAUUAAAGAAAAGACAAAUUUACUUUUAUUGGUUUAUGCUUUUUGUUUUUUGACAACAAUAACAACAGCAAAAACUUAA